AUGCAAGAACUUCAUUCCAAUGGAUUGAACGGCUCCGCAAAUGGCGACACACACAACGCGCCCUAUCAGAUCAUCGAGAAGCCGAGCAGACUUGCAAGAAAGAUUCGCAUCAUCGUAAUCGGCUGCGGUGCCAGUGCCAUCAAUUUCGCCCACGAGGUUGACAUCAGCCCGUUGAACCUCGAAUUGGUGUGCUACGACAAGAAUCCCUCGAUCGGAGGGACCUGGUUUGAAAACAAGUACCCGGGCUGCGCAUGCGAUAUUCCCUCGGUAAACUACCAAUACUCGUGGGCACCAUCGGCGCACUGGACAUCCUUCUACUCGGGUGCUGCGGAGAUCUUGCAGUACUUCAAGAGCGUUGCCAAUGACUAUGGACUGAUGAAGUAUAUGCGUUUGAAUUCAAGAGUGGUCGAUGCCCGAUGGGACGAAGAUAGCUGUCAAUGGCAUGUCGCGAUUCAGAAGACCGAAGAUCCGGAGACGAUCUCUCAGGACAAAGCCGAUAUCCUGAUAAACGCGAGCGGCGUUCUCAACAAGUGGAAGUGGCCUGCAAUCCCAGGUCGAGAAACAUUCCAGGGCCAGAUGCUGCACAGUGCAAACUGGGAUGACAGUGUUGAACUGGAAAGAAAGCGUGUCGCAGUAAUUGGAUCUGGAUCUUCUGCGGUGCAAAUUGUCCCCAAUAUCCAACCAAUGGUUGGCUCCCUCAAAUGCUUCAUUCGCAGCCAGUCAUGGGUUACAGCGAGCUUCGGUCAGCGUUUCGCUGGAAAGGGAGGCACCAACUUCAAAUACAGCGAAACGCAAAAAGAUGUCCUUGCCAACAACCCAAGGAAGUACAUGACUUACCGCAAGAAGAUCGAGUCGGAGUUGAACUCACGGUUUCGGUUUAUCCUAAAUGGAUCCCAAGAGCAAGCAGAAGCCCGAAAGGCCGCAGAGGCUGACAUGCGCCGACGACUGGCCAAAAAGCCAGAACUGGCGGAUCUCAUCAUUCCGACGAAUUUCGCUGUAGGAUGCCGUCGACCAACCCCUGGUGCCGGAUAUCUCGAGGCCAUAUGUGAGGAAAAUGUGUCUGUUGUCUCCCAGAGCAUCAAGGAGAUCACGCCCAAGGGUAUAAUGACUGUCGAUGGGGUCGAACAUGAGUUCGACGUGAUUGUGUGCGCCACUGGAUUCGAUGUCAGUUGGAAGCCUUCUUAUCCAACCAUCGGUCGUGAAUCGCGCAAUCUGAUCAAAGAAUGGGCGGAAGCUCCAAGUACCUAUCUCUCGAUCACUGUUCCGCAUUUCCCGAAUUAUCUAAUCUUCAACGGCCCAUACGGACCCUACGGCCAUGGCAGUUUCCUCCCCAUUACGGAGACACUAUCAAAGCAUUUCCUGAUGAUGUUCCGCAAAAUGUCCGAAGAAGGCAUCACUUCUUUCGACCCCAAAGUGGAAGCUGUCGCCGAUUUCGUCCAGCACCGCCGGAACUUUCUGCCGCGCACGGCAUGGUCGUCUCCCUGCAGUUCAUGGUUCAAGCAGGGAACGGUCGAUGGCGAGAUUAUGAUGUGGCCGGGUUCUCGAAUUCACUUCUUUGAGACCAUGAAGGCGCCUCGCUGGGAGGACUACAACCUUACUUAUACCACUUCCAACCGCUUUGGAUACUUGGGCAAUGGGUUUGCGGCGCGCGAGUCUGAUGGUAGUGAUUUGACAUGGUAUCUUGGUUUGUUGGACGGGGAGGAUGUACAGCCGGAGUUACCAGAUGAUGAUUUCAGAGACUUUAUAGUCAAUUGUUAG